CAUAUCUAUCCUAUCUAUCUAUAUCCUACCAAGUAACAGAACAGAAGAAUGGCUCAAACACUAUCAGCAACACCAGUAGCACCUUCCCUAUCUCUCAUCUGCAAAACCCCUUCUUCUUCCUUCUUCAAUUCCAAUUCCAACUCCCUUUCAUUUCGUACUUUCACUUCUCCAAAGGUAGGUGGGUUGAGCAUAAGAUGUGCACGUGUGGGAGGAGUGGAAAUACCAAACAACAAAAGGGUUCAAUAUUCGUUACAAUACAUUCAUGGGAUCGGCCGUACAAGAGCGCUUGAGAUUUUGAAUGACUUGAAAAUGGAGAACAAAAUUACUAAAGAUUUGUCUGAAGAGGAACUCAUUGUUCUUCGUGACGAAGUUUCCAAGUACAUGAUUGAAGGAGACCUUAGGCGAUUCAAUGCACUUGCAAUUAGGAGACUUAAAGAAAUUCAGUGCUACAGAGGCAUACGCCACAUUCAGGGACUCCCUUGUAGAGGGCAACGGACUAAGAAUAAUUGCAGGACUUUAAAGGGUAAGAAGGUUGCAAUUGCUGGCAAAAAGAAGGCCCCUCGCUAGACUUGACUUGUGGUUUGUUCAUUUUCUUUCACUUUAUGUGAAGAAUCUUGUUUAAUGUAGAUUAAACUUGUUGUAUGUCGAAAUUUGACUACAUUUUGAGUUUGUUUAAUAUCUGGGUCUGUUUUUUCCCUCA